AAUAAUUAAAAAAUGUUUUUCGAAUGCUCCGCUUCUGAAAUCCAAUUUAAAUAGCAGCGUUAAUUUAAAAAGUGUAUUGUUCUACUGAGACGUGAAUCACGAAGUCGAAUUUGAAAAUUUCGGCUUUGUUUACAUAUAAUUAAAUGCCAUAACUAACCUAACAUGACUAUCAUUGAUUAACAGAUUUUUUCUAAUUACAUCUUUAAGAAGAUAUAAUGAAGGAUUAUUGUCACAUGAAAUGUUGCACAUAUUUUUUAAUAAUGUCCAUGAUUUUUAGUAAUUGAAUACUAAUAUGGGAGGCUCAGUUAGCCAGGUAUUCCAAUCAGGCAGUGCUUUAUUGUCGAAUGGUCAUGGACAUAAGGUCUCCGACUCAACUAGACAAAAAGUGCAGACCAUAUUUGAUGCCUUGCGUGCCAACCCUAAGAUAGGUGUUCAAAGACUAGAAGGACUUUUACAACAGAUACCGAAAAAUGAAAAUAUUUUGGCCAUACAUGAUGAAACUGGAUACAACUUGCUACAGAAAUGUGUGGGUGCUAAUAACGUCGAACUUGUCAGAUGGCUGCUCGCCAGACACACUGCCGCUGAUGUAAAUCGAUUCCCUUGUAGUCUUCCACUUCACAUUGCAUGUUUAAAGGGACACGACGAAUGUGUGGAAUUAUUGUUAAAGCAUGGAGCCAAAUCGGAUGUUGAGGCCAGGAUGUGUUGGCCUGGACCUCACAGUAGUAACUGCGAGGAACGAGGAAAAUACUCAUCGACAAUUCAGCAAGAGGAAAAUUGCAUGGAUCGUGAAAGUAGGGAUCGACCUCCUGGCAAAUUGCAAUCAGCUAUUUAUUACGCAUUAGAUGGUGAUCAGGUAAACAUUUUAACUCUACUGUCGCAAAGAGGUGAAGAUCCUUGGAACGGAAUAUUUCGAGCCAGGAAGCCGUUACUUCACGCAGCCUGUGAAAGGGGAGCUUGGAGAUGUACACAGUCACUAGUCACUGAGAGGACUGACGAAAUUCAUAUUUUGAAGGAUGAAUAUUAUCCUAUUCACUACGCCGUGCUACACGAUGUGAAAUUUCUCGAAUUACUUAUCACAGCUGGUGCUGACACAACCGUUAGAACCUGCACACAACAAAUGACUCUACUUCAUGUCGUACUUUUGGUUGCUCAUAAAUCCGCCGAGGACACAAUAGCCACCAUCCGACUGUUGCUGGACAACGGUUGCAAGGAACUAAUCAACACUCCAGACAGUCUGGGUAACACGCCAUUGCACGCCCUUAUCGUACGAUACGCCCUGGAGGAGGCUCAGUACGGCUACGAUAAAUGGAAUAAAUGGGAUGUGUUGCACUUGGUGCGGUAUCUAAUACAAUUUGGAGCCAGACAGUCGAUCAACCAUGUCGGAAAUUCGGCAGUAGCCUGUGUCCUAAGGCAUAUUCGUGAUUGGGAUGUGUGCUAUGAGUUAUUGAAUAUGUUGCUGCAUGAAGGAGGGGAUCCAAAUAUGGUCGGACGGGAUGGGUCGGUACCUCUAAUGGUUUGCCUAGUGCCAUUGAUAAAUAAAGAUCCAUUACAUCAUUUUACGCAUAGUAUGAAGGUAUGUUACUUAAAUUGCAUCAGAAUUCUGCUGAAAGGCGGCGCAAAUCCAAACUGCAGCUACCGCGCUAACUUGACUCCGCUUCACGUGCUCGUGUUUACCGUUUCCGAAAACAUUACGCUAAACAUUGACAGUCAGAAGGAAGUUAAUUUCGAAUUUAUAAAGAAUUUAUUAAUUCUCUUGCUGAUGCACGGAUUGGACCCUAAUGUCAGAAUAAGUACCCGCACUCAACACAUCCUCCAGUCGUGCAUGGACAUGAUACAGAACGUCAGGGACUGUAAGGACAUUCAUUAUGUACACGACUUAACGCUUACGCUCAUUCAAUACGGCGCCAAUCCCGAUCUUAGUCUGAAUAUGUUGGAAGCAAUAAAGAAUCAUCCGCUACAUUCGCAGAGCAUAUGGAAAACGAAGAAUUACAUAUUAUAUUAUUACAUAAUGCUGAUCAGUCGUAAGGAAAAUCUUAUUAUGGAUCCAAAAAUGGGAUUUGCAAAGAUUAUCACAUUGUUUUACAUGGUUAUGCAACAUAAGCCACUUUUCGAAUGUCUUAAGAUCCUCUACACCCAACAAUUAAGUCUUGUGCCAGGAAAAAUGACAGAACCACUCACGGUUGUUAUCAGAGAUCUGUACAAAAGGCCCCGGACUCUUAAGCAAAUUUGUCGCGUUAAAAUUCAUAAUUGUUUGAGCAGAAGGCCCGGACUUUAUAUCAAUAAACUCAAUUUACCAACUCAACUCAAAGAUUAUUUAUUGAACUUCGAGCCAUAAAAUUACAACGUUAUUACAGUGAUUUAAUAUUAAAUUUGUUUCCGGUAAAUUAUCUGAGUAUUAUGAAAUCGUUUUUCAAUCAUUUACAUAAAAUAUCUAAUUAUAUUUUAUGACAGAAUAUUUAUUGUUCAGGGAAAUUUAUAUUUUUCAGUUUAUAUAACACAUUUUUGGCUUAUUUGAUCAGUAUAUGAAAAUUUAAAUUUGUUUUUAUAAAAAAAUUUAGGGUAGCAUAUGUUGAUCCUUACAUAUUUUUAAUGAUUGAAUAACAUUUAAAAUUAAAAACUUGGGAGUAAACCUCAAAAACAGAUUCAAACCGAUUUUCCAAUACACACAUAUUACCACAUUUUUAUUUCUUGAUCUACUCAAGAAAUCUUGGUCCUGGUUAUCAGUGUUAGAAUGUUUGAGUUGAGAAGGUAAUAUAUCUUAAUGAAUCUGACUAUAUCUCAUUUUGUAAAAAAAACAAUGUUGUAUUCAAUACAACUGGAUGAUGUCUUAAUACGCUUUUGAGCUGUGUUCGUAUCAAACAGGGUUUUGUUCAGAUUAGAAAGAGGCCUUGCUGAGGACAUUCCGCCAAAUAAAACAUACGUCCACGAAAUAUCUUAAAAAAA